GUGUGAUGCGCAGAUCUCGUGUCCGCAUUCUUAUUCGCGUCCUCUUUCGCCAGAUUCGCGUUAGUUGCGCGUGUUUUGCAAAAAGCCAUGCAUUCCCGUUAGCCAGUUGAUUGGCAAAUAAGAAAAAACGAGGGUUUUUCGCGGUGUCAGUUGGAAAAACCCCUAAACGCAGACGCAGUGCAGCCGCCAUGAGCCUGAAGUCCAGUGCUAGGAUCAAAAAACGACGCUCGGAGGCAGCGGCGGCCACCUAUCCGGUACCAUCAACUCCGGCUCAAACGGUGAGCAACGGCUCAGCUGCCACAGCGAAUCCUGCGAGUGCCCCAAGCACUCCAGGAAAUGGUGCCCCAAAUCCUUGCCAGAGCUCCUCCAAGAAACAAAGCUUCGUGGGACGCAAUCCCAACUUCGACACCGAUGAAACCAAGCUGCUCAUCCAGUUGUGGGGCGAUCCCAAACUGCAGAGAACCCUAAUCACCACGCACAAAAAGCACGCCGUGAUCUGUCAGCUGGCCGCCAAGAUGCAGGAGUACGGCUAUCAUCGUUCGCCGGAGGAGAUUACCACACGGAUCAAGAACCUCAAGUGCUUCUACAAUCGCUUGAAGAAGGACAAGGAGUGCGGCGGUCAGUCCACCGAUUCGGAGCCCAGCUGGAAACACUUUGCCGAGAUGGACGCCAUUAUGACCAGACCCAUUUUCAGUGUGCGUCCCAAUGAGGUGCCUGCUCCAUCGCUCAAAUACCAACUGGAGCAAGCCCUGGAGGAGCAUGCCGAACGUCGCAAGCGGCGCCUGGCGAACGGAGAGGAGUUAUCCGAAAGCGACAACGAGGAGGAUGACAUGCUGCUCUCCGCUCUGGUUAGCAAAAACAAGGAUACCGGCGGUCGAAAGGAACUGGAAGCUGGCUGCCUAGAAGCCGACAGCGAUAUGAACGAGGAAUCCUUCUCAAAGCGUCGCAAGGUGUCCGCUGAUGUAGAGGUUGAUAUAGGAGAAGCCCUGACUUCGCCGUGCAUUAAAAUCGAGCCAGGCCAGGAAGUUGAAACCGCAGCAGCAACUUCCACAGUAGAGCCCGAAGCGGAGGAGGAGGACGAUGACUGCAUGAUUCUGCCACAGCCCAAGGAAGAACCCAUCGAUGUGGAUGCCGCUGAAGAUCCACCAAUUGAGAAGUCACCAAGUUCCACUACAAAUACAUCCACUUUGGCUGAAAUGUUACAGGGUAACAAACCGUCGAAUCUGCUUCCUUUCACCGGGGCCAAUGUCAUCAUCCCGGCCAGCACUACCACCACUACGGCUAGCAUAAGCGCGACCACGCAUAGUUUAACGACAACGGCCAGCAAACUUCAGGGCGGUAAAAUCUCGUUGGUGCCAGCGAAUUUCCUGAUGCAAUCAAAGCUGCCAGCUGCCGUGGGACCAAGUCCCAUGGCAAACGCCAAAGGAGCUGCGCCCCAGAUUCAGCUGCUGCAGAGUGCCAUCAAUCAGGGCGCUCGUCUAAUGAUUAGCGGAUCGGCGGCAGCACCGGCACAGCCUAGCAACGCCGGUUUGGUGGCCACUGCCCCCGGAGGAGUCAAGUUCGUGCUGGUCAAUGCGGAGCAGGCCAAGGCGGCGGCAGCGGCUGCUGCUGUGGGUAAAUCGACCGCCACGUUGCCCUUGUCCACUGCCCAAGCUCAGGUGCAGGCCGCUGUUCAGCAGCAGCAGCAGAAACUGCAACAGAGUCUCCAGCAGGAGCAGCACCAUCAGCAGCACGCUCAACUGGAGAAGGAGGAGAGUCGCCAUGAUCACGAGAAAGGUAGGAAGGACCUGCAAACGAAAAGACACAUCACAUCAAUGAGAAUCCUUCUUCGUCAGUUGCUGAACUCGCAAAACGAAGCCAACGAGAUCCAGCACAAUCGAUUAUCCCUGGAACGCGAGCGCCUGGACUGGGAGAAGUCUAUGGGCGAGCGCCUGUUCAACCUGUUGCCAAGUCUCAUACAGCCGGCACCUGUAGCCUCGCCAUGCUCCACGGCUCAACGUCUGCAGCCACCCAAGCUGCUCUUCACAACUGCUCUGCCAAUGGGCAAUGGCACAGUCACCAUGCCGCACAUCCUAACAUCCAACUCGCUGCCAAAAGUGAUUACCACUUCAAGUUGCAACAGUGGCGUGGCAGUGGCCGGAUCAGGAGUGGGCCUAGUAGCCAGUGUGGCCCCUAAGCCGGUGGACAACGACGUCCAGUUGAUUUCGCCCAAGCUGGAAAAGGAGAUCUGAGCCGAAGAGUAACUGGUCGUUAUAAGUAAUUGAUAUUAGAAACACACUUAAGUGAUCUCAAAAAAUGAUAUUCUGGUCCUUACUUAAGUAGACUAUAAAACCAGCAUCCUAAUAAUAAAAACUAAAGAAAUCUCUCA